AUGGUUGCUGGAGGGAAUUUUCUAGUUUUUCCUUCCUACGCCUCAUCUUCCUUUUUCCGACAACUGGGCAGAACCUUGAAGUGAUAGAAAAAACCUCUCAAAAUAUGAAUCUUCACUUUCAGAGAAACGUAUGCAACUGAUAAUAACAUCAUGUCUUCUUUAUGUUCCAAGAAAUCCAAUGAUGUCUCUUGUCGUUUCAUUCCAUACAAGUGAACGUUUAAAAUCAAUGUGUAACGACGAAAUUUAUUUUUAGGUUCCUAGCAAAUUGGCGGAUUGAUCUUGAAAAAAUCACCGAACUUCCGUCUCUCCUUCAAUUCGACGAUUUGCUGAAACCGGAAAAUGAAGGAAAAUUAGAAAGGUUUACAGUUUGAAGAAGUUUCGAACAACCUUGAAAAUUUUCAUUUGAAACAUCUGGGAAAGUUUCCAGUACUAUCUCGUUUUCAGUUUUUUUUUGGUACCAGAAUGAGUACUGAUUCGUUCUCGGAGUUUUUAUAGACUUUGAUAAAUAAUUCAAAGUUUUUGAGAUUUUGAACCUGCGCAAAUAUUUCAUUCUCGUUAAAAUAAGCGUCCAAGAGAGACUCUUAUCUCAAAACGAACUUUCGGAAAUUUUUUUUUCGAAUAAUGAGUAGUUAAAAAAAGGUUGAAAGGAAACUUUUUUUGUAGAUAAAAAAACGUAAGAUUGAACGGUGCAAGAAAUUAAAACGAGGGAAUUUUCAGAGGAAAAAAAGCGGGAAAAAAAUUUCAACUCUGCACGAUUUUUAAGAGAUUGGGCGUUAUUUUUACCAUUUUCUUAUUAAAUUAUAUGAGUUAAUAUACUAUCCAAAACUUCGAAAAUUUCCUACGGCCGAGAAAAACAUCUCAUUUUGUUAAAUAUAUUCGUUCUCAUUUCAGAAUGCACCUUGUCGGAGCCAAAUUCGCUGCUGAAAACGGGAGCUGUCUGAAUUUUCAAUCUUUUCCCGUAACUUUAGAUUCAAUUCGAACCGCUUCUAGCCCUCCUCCACUUCUUCUAGUAACGGUUCACAAGUUCUUCGAAGUAUUGUGUGACCACUUCCCAAUCCUUGUCGAUAUCCUCUUGCAAUCGGUCUUCCCUAACUUCGCGUACUUCCUUGUUUGACAGAACAUGCUUUUGCCCGAUGAAUUAUCUGUAUUACCAGAGAAGAGAUGUUGAAUGCAGAUAGAAUAAAGCGUUCAUAUACCAAUCGCCGCGAAAACUGCCCACAGAAAUGAUUCUGCGCUUGGCUGUUCUGUCGCUUCUGGCGGUCAUUUUGAGUUCGGCUCAGAAUAUUCAGCUUCCAGUCAGAACUGCGAGAAUUGGUUAGUUACUUUCUAUUCUGGCCGUUUUCUUUGUAAACUUUCUUUUUAUUUCUCAGUUGAAAACCGUUAAAAAAAGUUUAUUCAUACAGUUCUUAAUUUUUUUCAGAGUGAAAACUUGUUUUCUAUUAAGAGAAAAAAAGAAAAACUUUAUCGACUUUGACUUUGCCCUGAAAAUGAAUUUAACGCUCGAAAAAUCAAAUUUUCAGGUUUUUGUGAUAUUUGACCAAUGGACAAUGCAAAUUAAUAAUAAAAUAAUUUUAAACCAGUUAAAUUUCGCAAUAAUUCCAGGAACUUAUGAAUUUUUAUUUUUUCUUCAAGUGGAAAAAACUUUGUCUCAAGCUGGUUUGUCAUUUUUUUUUCAAUUUUAUCAUACAAAGCAGUAAGAGAAGAAGUUGUGUUUUAAGCAAGUACCCUAAAUGCUGGACCGGAAAAACCGCCGUCGGGAAGGGUAUCCGGAGCCUCUCCGGCCGUCGCGGUAACCAUCUCAACAGUUUUUUUUCUCCAAUAAUGAAAUAUCGAUCAGGGUGCUUAUGUGAGCCCAUCGAGAGCCGUUCACACUGCGUACAACUUCGGAGAGAAAAGGCUUCCGUCAAACGGCUGUUUCUACAAUCAGUUUGGUUACGCUUGCUGCAACAAACAACUUCAAGAGGAAAUGACCCAAAUCGCCGAUGUUUGUUGAAGUUUUUGUUGUCCACGACAGAUCUUUGCAGACACUGCUGGCCAAUCCAAGAUUCCAUCGCUGUAACCUUCAAAAGAUUGCCAAUGAACUGCAGGAAGGUUGCGAAGCUAAGUGAGUUAUGAAAAAAUUGAAAGACUGCUGGGAACAACGAUUAGAAAGAAAAACUUUCUUUUUUCAAAUUCGAAAUUUCCAACGUUAUUGUAAACUUGAAUGAUUUUCGAUCAGGACUGAAAAAUUAACAACUGAUGUUGUAAAAACUUUUUCUCGGAAAAUUUAUCAAAUUGAAAUAUUUUUAAGAUUUGGCAUCUCCGUAGAGGCUGUUGUUGGAUUGACUGACUAUGCUCAGCGAAUUCAUUUCCAUCAAAACUAUGUCUGCAAAAUCGAGAAAAACGGAAGGUUAUCCGAAUUUCCCAACAAAGCUCAACUCCUUAUCUGCAGAUACAUGCUCGUCUACGGAACCCCAGAACAAAGAACUCGUCUCAAGAGAGGUUAUUCCAAUGCAACGAUCGUUACUGGAGAAGUUCACGAAUACAUCUGA